UCCGCUGUGUAGGAACUAACUGAGGGGAGAAACAGUGGGGAUUCAUGGGGAGUUUGUGCAGCUUCUUCGAGAAAAACGCCUGGAUUAUCUGAUUUUUGAUUGAUUUCUUAUUUUUUGGACGGGGCGCUGGACGUUUUCAAGGCGACACUGCGUUUCUCUGCUGUGCCAGCUGCAGCCUGCGACCUGUUUUUGGUUUUUAGCAGCGACGUGUAGUUUUCGGAGCUCCGGUCAUGGCGGACCAAGAGGAGACUUUUGUCCUCCAAAACUCUCCAGGUGGCUCGGAUUCGAGAGAAUUACAGAGCGAUAAUAAAUCAGAGAAACAGAACGGGACCUCAAGCAAAUCCCCGUCAUCACAGACAACUUACAUCCAGCAGAACCCUAAAACGAAAUACAUUCUACUUAUGGAUGUUGUUCCAGCUGACGACCAUCGAUACAAAUUCGCCGAUAAUAAAUGGUCUGUGACUGGGAAGGCAGAGCCUGCCAUGCCCGGGAGACUCUACGUUCACCCGGACUCUCCCGCCACGGGGGCUCAUUGGAUGAGGCAGCUCGUCUCCUUCCAGAAGCUGAAAUUGACCAACAACCACCUGGACCCGUUCGGACACAUCAUCCUCAAUUCGAUGCACAAGUAUCAACCAAGGAUUCACAUCGUGAAAGCGGAUGAAAAUAAUGGCUUUGGUUCCAAAAACACGGCCUUCUGCACUCACGUCUUUCCGGAAACAUCUUUCAUUGCGGUGACAUCCUAUCAGAACCAUAAGAUAACCCAGCUGAAGAUCGAGAACAACCCAUUUGCAAAAGGAUUCCGUGGUAGCGAUGACAUGGAAUUACACCGGAUGUCCAGAAUGCAAAGUACCAAGGAGUAUCCAGUAGUGCCUCGCAGUACAGUGCGGCAGAGAGUGGGCUCCAGCCAGAGUCCAUUUAGCGGGGAGGUCCAAGGCCUGGCCACACCAAACAGCCUGAGCUCCCAGUACUCCCAGUGUGAAAAUGGUGUCACAAGCAGUUCACAGGACAUGCUGCCCCAGUCGGGUUCCUACCCCCUGCCUCAUGAGCAUGGCCAAGAGUACCACUGUAUCAAGAGGAAAGUGGAUGAUGACUGUCACUCAGGAGAUCACAGCUACAAGAAAGCAUAUCUGGAGAGCUCAUCGAGUGAGGAGGACCAUUACUACCGCCCUGUUGGCUACGCUCAGAGCCUCAGUCUCUCCGGUGGGCCUUACCGCAGCGAGUCUAGCCAGCGGCAGGCCUGUAUGUAUGCCAGUGCCUCGCAAAGCGCUGAGCCUGUUCCCAGUUUGGAAGACAUCAGCUGCAACACUUGGGCCAGUGUAUCACCCUAUGGUAGCUGUUCUGUCACCACCAUGCAGCCCAUGGAUCGACUGCCCUACCAACACUUCUCCGCUCACUUCACCUCAGGGUCUCUGGUGUCCAGACUAGGUGGGGUGGGAGGCCACGCCUCUCCACAGCUGGGUGAUGGCCACCACGCUGCAAUGUACCAGAGCUCUAUGACCCAUCAGACUCUGGGCCGCCAAUGCAGUCCCGGGGCUGGGAUCCAAUCACCAGCAGCCAGUCUGCAGGGAAAUGAGUACCUGUAUACACAUGGCAUACCACGUACACUAUCACCACACCAGUACCACUCUGUACAUAGUGUAAGCAUCAUGCCAGAGUGGAGUGAGAACAGCUAAAGAAGUUGUUUCUCUCCCCCCCUCCCUCCCCCCCC